CUUUUGCUGUCCUGGGUUUGCCGGGUGUUAUAGAGUAGAUAGAUACCUGAAACACCUUUUUUUCUUGCAGGUCAUUUCUUUACUUUGUUAUCCAAUUCGCUACAUCUCUACAGUCUCUUUAUCAGUUUCUGUUCUUUAUUCCCAAUCAUCACUACCAUUUUCGCAUUGCAUUCCCUCACGUCAGGGUAAUGCCUGUACCACACCAUGAAGCAAAACAAUUCUUUCGAUCGUUCUCAGUCUGUCGCUGAUUGCUCAACUGCCAGCGAAUCAUCACCUUCGCCUCUCGUAUCAGCAUUAGCUACCCCUUGGGUUUUCCUCCGUCCAUCGACAGAACUUAGUGGCAUUGCACGGGGAUCUGUAAAAGAUUAUCUGGAUUCUCUCGCUUCCUCGGUCAGUGUGUCUCAAUGCGCGCGACAGCGAAGGAAUAGAAAGCGCAAGAGGCCGGAAGUUGAGGGAGGUUUCGCAAAUCAGACCUUGCAGCUGAGACAGCUUUAUGUUGAGGGCUUUGCCUUGGUCCAGAUAUGGCAACAAGCUCUAAGGAUUUUUGAUGCUUCUGUUGAAGAGAUUGAUCGCGACCAUACUCGGUGGUCUAAGACGCUGGGGCUCUUAACAUCCAAACGGCGAACGCCCCUCGCUUCUACUCAUUAUACCCAAGAGCUGGGAGACACCGAUGACCCCAAGGCAGAUACCGACACCGCUCAAUCCAUGAAUGGCAACAAAUCUGGCUCGGAGAGUCCAGAUCACCAAACUUCAUCUGACAAUGUGAUCCAUUUUGACGAAAGCUCCAAUGAAUUAGCGGAUGAGGGUUCCAUUAUCGAGUACAGUACAGAUGAUGAAAGCAAACAAGAAACAUAUGUCGACGACGCGUUCGGCUUAAAUGAUGCGUUUUUUUCAAUCGACCAUUUCAACAAGCAAUCGGAAGUAUUUGAAAGGCAAGAUUCCAGAGGUGAACCUGACUUUAACAGCGAUGAGGAAGAGGUUGAUUGGCAUGCAAACCCCCUUGAUGUCAUGAAUUUGCCGCCCGUGUUAAUGAGGGAAUUACCGUCAGGUAACCCUGUGCAACAGGAAGAUGAGAGAAUGGUUGAUAGCGAGGACGAAGGGCCGAUAUUUGGCAAUGCGGACCUUGAAGCUGAAUCGGAUUUCGAUGUGGAUGAUGUAUAUGUUGCUUCACCCGAGAGGGCCGGCUGGGUUAAUACCAGUGACAUUCUGUAUUCUGAUUUUUUCGCCCCGCCUCCGCGGAAAAGUUUGCGCAAGAAGCCACGCUCGCUGGCUAAGACUCAACCGAAUGACGCAAUCUCAACGAACGACAUUGAUCGUGCUAUGGCUGAUGUCCGCCGUGAUUUGUUCGAUGAUGAACUUUCCGAAGCUGACGGUGGCCCUGGUGAAAUGAGUGGACACCAGAGUCAUCAUUCUAACCAUGAAAAACAACGUGCUAGGCUUGCCGAUGAGAUUCGUCGCCUGGAGGCAGCCAACGUUGCCAAGAAAGAGUGGAUGCUUGCUGGUGAGGCUAGGGCCGUUGAAAGGCCCGUAAAUUCCCUUAUCGAGGAAGACUUGGAUUUCGAGAGGAUCGGGAAGCCUGUUCCAGUUGUCACAGCAGAAUUAUCACUUGAUAUCGAAGAACUUGUGAAGAGACGGAUCAUUGCGAGGCAUUUUGACGAAGUCACACGCCGCCUCCCUGGCGUUUCAAAUGCACCAAGCGAAGGGAGGGUACGGUUUGAACUUGAUGACAAUAAGCCGCAGCAGGGUCUUGCUGAAUUAUAUGAAACCGACCACCUCCGCGCUGCUGAUUCAAAUUACGUUGACCCCAAGAAUCAAAAGCUGAUGCGUGAGCAUGCUAAUGUCACCGCCCUAUGGAAAGAGAUCGUAUCCCAGCUGGAUACACUUUCGAACUGGCAUUAUAAACCUCAAGCCCCACAGGCUAGCAUCAAUGUGGUCACGGAUGUCGCAGCGAUAACAAUGGAAGAUGCUCAGCCGACUACCAGCGGUGCUGUUAAUUCAAGCGCAACACUCGCGCCACAAGAAAUCUACGCUCCUGGUGAUGAUGGCAACGCCGCUGGUGAACUGGUUCUAAAAAGUGGAAUGGUGGUUACUAGGGAAGAAAUGAGCCGUGAACAGAAAGCGAGGUUGAGGCGAGAGCACAAGAAGCAAAAAUCUAGUACCACCACGCCCAGCCGGAAUUCUGCAAAAGCAGCUGAAAAACAGCAGCUUGUCUCAGAUUUAAAGAGGGGCGGUGUUAAACUAAUCGGGAAGCAAGGCGAGGUAACAAAUAUUCAUGGUGGCAAGAUUAGUAUGGACGUUAAGAAUGACGGUCAUGCAUUGAAGCUUUAGACUGCAUCAGGGGUACCAGAAAUUGGAAGGGACUAUGAAGCACUCCCAAUAGAGGCUAUAUAUAAAUUCACAUGCAAUUUUCCUUUUAUCUC